GUCAUAUGACAUAUCUAUAAUGUCACAAUGACAUUUAAGAAAAGAAAAGAAAUUGGUGCUGAGUUUGAAAACAAUAUGCUUUAAAUUUGAGUCUGUGUUAAGUACAAUUUAAAAUUAAAUUAAAAUGUCUAAUUCAAUAAUGGAUAGUUCCGAAGGAACAAUGGUGAUGUUAACAGAAAAAAUUAAAUUCGGAGAAGAACUUAUAGAACAAUUACAACCUAUUGAAACUAUCGAUGGGGUGACGAAAUUAAACAGGAAAAUUCGACAAGAAAUUGAAUUCUUGAAGAGAUUGCAGAAAUCUAAGAAAGUAAAAGUUGAACA